AUGGAAGCGAUCGGGUUGACGGCCAGCCUAAUCGCAAUCCUGGAACUAUGCGGCAAAACCAUUCUCUACAUCCAAACGGCCAAAGGCGGAAGUAAGCAGAAGGCCCAGUUGAUGACCGAGAUACAGUCUUUGCAGCUUGUCACCGGCCAACUUCACGAUGUCUCCGAUGACGAUGGGUGGAAGAGGACGAUGGAGAUUCUCGCCGAACCCGGCGCGCCCCUGAAGCUGCUCGAAGAAACGCUGAGAUCUCUGGUGCAGAAGCUAGGUUCAAACGCCGGCUUACGCCGUGGUCUCGAUGUCGUUCUGUGGCCCUUUCAAGAGAAGGAAGUGAAUAGCAUACUCGCUAUGAUUGAGCGCCAGAAGGCAUCUCUUUCCCUGGCCCUGGAAAACAACAGCAGGCUGUUACAGGACAGGAUCGCGUCGCAAGUUAACAGCAACCACGACAGUCUGGAAGAACUCAAAACGAUAUGCGGCGGUCUACAUGACGAGAUCAAUACGGUGAAGCGCAGCUUAGAGCAGUCCAGAGUGCGGGAGACACUCCAGUGGAUGACCAAGCUGAACUUCGGGCCUCGACACGAUACCAUAUUACAGUCAUGGGACAGAAAAUCAGGAACGGGCACGUGGAUACUUCGUCAUCCCUUGUUUAUUGAAUGGACGGCGAGCAAGACUACAGAAACCAAGCUCUGGUGUUAUGGAAUACCUGGUGCCGGCAAAUCUGUGAUUGCGGCAAUCAUAUUCGAUCACCUGAGGGAAAGCCUAAAGCCAUCAAAUCAAUAUGUUAGUGUGGCGACUUUGUAUUGCGACCACGAACAACAAGCGGAUCAGAAUUUGGAUGAACUUGAGCGCAGCAUUCUUCACCGAGCUCUGGCCGACUGCGUAACGCUUCCAGCAGCCCUUCAAGAUCUUCGAAACGAAACGAAAGAUGGAUUCUCUCCGUCACUGGUCAAACUUCACUCAGUCAUCGCAUCAUCACCGGCCGCAUCUCAGACUCUAUUUGUCGUACUGGAUGCUCUGGAUGAGGCCAGCGAGAUUGUACAGGAUCAACUUGUUGACCGGAUCUCAGCGCUCCCGUUCAGAGACGUGAGGGUUUUGUGCACGUCGCGUACAUGGCCCAAGUUUGAGGAGACUUUCGCAGGUUCGCCACAGAUCGAGGUCUCUGCAUCCGACAACGAUGUCGAACACUUCGUACUCAAGAAGAUUGAGGACGUAUCGAGAUUGCGCAAAUUCAUGGGAGAAAGUACCACUCUCAGAGAUCAAGUGGUUACCAAGGUCCUCGAAAAGGCCAAAGGAAGCUUUCUCAUGGCAAAGCACCACAUGGACGAGCUUUCCUCCGCAAAUACCCGGAAGCAGUUACUUAAAAAGCUUGAGAAGCUACCAGAAAAGAUGCAAGAUGCCUAUGACCUUACUAUGAAGAGAAUACGACAGCAGCCCAGCUCCGACAAGACCUUAGCUGAGAGAACUCUAUCGUUGGUCUUCGGUGCUCACACGCAACUCAAUCUCUGGGAAAUUCAGCACGCCCUAGCCACUUUGACUCUCUACAAAUACGAUAGGGACGAUGAGGAGGAUGAGCCAGACGGAAUCGAGGAAGACGAUCUGCCGAGCGCGGACACCAUCGUCCAAUGCUGCCAGGGGCUUCUGAUUGUAGAAUACGGAGACUCUGAAUGGUUCUUUCCUGGUAUCCGCGCUUCUCACUACACUGCUAUGCUACUUGCCACGGCUUGCUGCUACUACUUGACGCUACCCAGCCUGCAGAAUGCCUUCAAAGACAAACCACAGUUCGGUAAAUUCCCGCCGGACUUCCCACUUGAGCCUUACGCUAGUGAUCACUGGGGUGUUCACUUUUUUGAAGCUCGUAGCGAGUCACCGAUUUCCUUGAGGAGCCAUGUUGAGGGCGCAUUGCAACAUGGUUGGACGAGGUUGAAGGAACUCGCAGGGAUGUCGAGGUACGAUACAGAAACAGUACGCGAUAUCCUGGCGCCUUUUCGUGUCCUCCGGGUAAUUGAUCAGUGGGGAGGCGACGUCAACGCAGUUGACGGCAAAGGAGAAAGCCUACUGUACAGUGCUGUGGCCAAUGGCGACAUUUAUGCUGCCAAAUUCCUUCUCAAGCUACCAAGCCUCGAAAUCGAUCCCAUGAGCCCUUACUUUGAUCGGUUGCUGAAAUUGGCCGUAAGAACUCUAUGGGCAGAUUUGAUACAACAUCUGGUCAAGGUCCUCGCUCUCGAUAAAAGGCUGGUGCGGAGGAGGGACGGCGCCCUGUCGGAAAGACUGAGAAAGGUCCAGAACGACGUAAUUGCGGAAUUUCACAAUCAUUCAGUGGAAAAGCACGAUUUCUUCAAAGUAGACGAUCUUUUCGGGUUUUUCGAUACAGUCUUGAGAACUCUGCAAAAGUUUGAUCCUCAAGACGACAGAAUGCUGCUCAUCAACCUGAUCUCGGCCCUCGAUUAUGUUGCUGAAGAUCAAUUUGAGCUUAUUCGGUUUUUCUGCGAUCAUGAUCUCCGUCUCAAAGCCACAGACGCCGAUGGAAAUAAUAUCCUACACCUGGCAGCUAAGCUUGUCCACGAUGACGCUACGAGUUUCCUUCUGGAGCAAGGUCUCAGCCCGGACCUGGUCAACGUGCAAGGAAAGUCGCCUGCUCAGGUGGCAAUUGAUAACAACAACUUUCGUGUUUUCUUGCAGCUUCUCUCCGCGAUGAGCGUCUCGGCCAGAUGUCAACUGACCGACACAAGGCAGGCUGCAAUUGCAAAUUCGCAUAUAGAAAGGCCUGAAGACGACGGCUUCUCGAUUCUUUUAUCUGAAGCCAAGACAGGGCACUUUGGCUCGGCAAUCGACGCAAGGAAAAGAACGGCCCUUAUGUGGGUAGUCAGCGAGGGCAGACUCAAUACAGCCGAAAAGCUGGAAUGCAUCAACUUGCUUUUGGACCUCGGCACAGACAUCAGCUCGCAAGACGACAAUGGCAUGACUGCUCUGUCAUAUCUAACAGCCGGACCUUCUGCCUGGUCUAUUAAUCUCUACGACGAGCUACUUGCUGCUGGCGUAGACCAGAACGCACAAGACUGCAAGGCCAUGGCACCGAUUCACCAUAUAGUUUUUCAAAGACCAUGGGUCCCAAGUGGCCAGCUGAGCUUAAUUGUUGAACUUCUGCUCGACAAAGGCGCCAACGCUGGCGACAAAGAUAGUUCUGGUAUUUCUGCAGUCGGCCAUCUUAUUCAUUCAGGGGGAUAUGCGGACGACGACGCGCUUGAAGCGGCGCAGAUUCUGGCUAACGAAUACGGCGAAUUGGGUCCUACCUAUCCUACCUUGGAAAACACCUUCGUCGCCAGUGAUCAGAAAACCUCCAGGUGGGCGGAAGUCGAUAUCAAACCUACUCUUGCCACCCUGUGGCUUCUUCUCGGCAACGAGGCUCUGGACACGGUAUCAUUAUUCGGGCUGAAGGUUGAAAACACCACUGGAUAUAAAGCCACGCUACGGUUGACUGAGCUAGUCAAGUCUGAGAAAGAUGCUCUUGAGGAAUGCUAUCAAUCUGAUAAGCCGCUGGAGUGGCUCGGUCGGACUCAAAUCGACAGAAGGAUCAAAGAGGAGAUCGGUGAGCUUCUCAAUCUGGCAGGGAUGGAGCUAACAAGUCCAUCGAGUUACGAGGGGUCGGAUACCAGUUCAUGCGAAUCGACUUGA